AAAGAAAAGAAAAGAAAGAAUUACGGUACGACAACUGCGCGCCCAGUCCGGCAUCGCGUUGGCAGGAAAAGCUUGGUGUGGCGAACCCAAAGCGGGAACAAAACAUACGAAAAACACCCACAAUUCUCCACCCCGCAAGAUGUGGACAAGCUAAGUGGAUGAUGACCACCACAGACCGAGGUAAAGGGGUGGAGGAGGGGGGAAAAUGGUGGGGCGGCAGCGGCAGCAGCAGUGGCGGCAGUGGCAGGGGGCUGCACCGACACCUCCAUUGACCCACCCCCCCCUCCUCCACUUCCUCUUCCAACUCCAACUCGUCUUCGGCCUCCAUCCCCCCCAGUGGAGUGAUGGUGCCGGGCGGGCCAAAGGGACCUGAUGGCACUGUUAUUGAGGAGGUAAUGACAGCUGUGGUGGGCAAGAAGCAGCCAGUGCGAGGCCAGGCAUUCCGGGCACCCAACGGGGGAGUACGUGUCCUACUUGUGCACAGAUGACAGCACACUCUACAGGCCUGGAGAUUCGGUUUAUAUAGAGAGCCAACGUGUUGACCAGCCCUUCUUCAUCUGCUCAAUUCAGGAGUUCAGACGCAGCAAGCGUGACAAUCUCAUGGUAAACAUCAAGUGGUUCUACCGGCCCUCGGAGGUGCCGGAGACAGUGUACCAGCGGCUGGCACAGGACCGCAACACUGAGAAUACACCGUCACUCCCAGAUAACAAGUCGCUGGUGACUGACGACCCGGUGAUCAAGUCGCGGGAACUGUUCAUCUCAGACGCCACAGACACAUACCCUGUGUCUGUGCUGCGGGGAUUGUGCCGGGUGGACCACUACUCCGACAUCCACUCUGUCAGGGACUUCCUGCCUGAGGACAACUCCUUCUUUUACAUCCUGGGAUACAACCCAGAGACGCGGCGGCUGGCCUCCACACAGGGGGAGAUCCGCGUGGGACCUUCACACCAGGCCAAACUGCCCGAGUUCAAGGGCAAUGUAAUAGUGGAUGAGCGGCCAGAGGUGUGUGCCGACUGGGAGGAGCAGCGGUGGGUUCCUGGGGCAUCCCGAGACACUGAUCUCCUGAUGUACCUGAGGGCAGCACGAUCCAUGGCAGCAUUCGCUGGCCUGUGUGACGGAGGCUCCACCACAGACAGGUGUAAUGCAGCCUCCAGGGACGACACUACUAUCAAUGCUUUGGAGAUGCUACACAACAGUGACUACGACCAUGGCAAGGCCCUACAGGCACUGGUCAAGUGUCCUGUACCUGAUGGCAUUGAGAAGAAGUGGUCGGAGGAUGACAGGAAGCGGUUCAUGAAGGGCCUGAGGCAGUAUGGCAAGAACUUCUUCAGGAUCCGCAAGGACUUAUUGCCCCACAAAGAAACAAGUGACCUGGUGUCCUUCUACUACCUGUGGAAGAAGACCCCCGCAGCAGCUGGCCACAGACCCCACCGCCGCCACCGCCGCCAAAAUGUGCUGCGGCGGAUACGGACACCCCGGGCACAGCGCAACACAGGCCCCAGUGACCCCCUGGACCCCUCCUCAGCCUCAGAGAAGGACGACGACUCUGAUGACUCAGACUCUAAGGACCGUCAGGGUUACCACUGCCGCCACUGUUACACUACCUCCUCCCGUGACUGGCAUCACGCCGGGAAGGACAAGCAGCUGCUGUGUUAUGAGUGCCGUAUACACUUUAAGCGCUACGGGGACCUGCCUGUCAUCACCAACCCUCGGGAGCCUCCACCUGGCUCUGGACGUCCUCCACCCACGCCCACGGAGGAAGACUUGCGGAUGAGGACCCGCACUCGCUCCAAAGAGAUCAGCACGAGGCACCGUGCUGCCCGUCGGUCCCGAGCCAACACGCCGGAUAUCACAGAUGAGUGCCCCACACCAGACAGGAGGACACCCGACCGACGGACACCAGACCGCAGGACUUCAAGACUGUCCAACUCACCAGCUCCAAAGAAGAUGGAGGACAAAAAUCCCCAGCGGGUGAAGCGUGCCAUGGGCUCUGACGAUGCCUCAGGCUCCUCCACCCCAAGCAAGAGGAGGCGGAAUGGUGGAGACAUGUCUGGGUUGAGUUCUGAGGAGAGCUCUGAUGAAGGGGAUGGAUGCAGUGGUGAUCCCAGCUCUCCUUCCCCCAUGAACCCCUCCACCCCCACCCCACAACUGAUGCCUGUCUCAACCCCACAGCCUGAAGCUCCUGUCCCCUCCCCUGCCUCCCAGCAUCCCCCCCACCCCCACCACCACAUCCACUGUCACUGCAACCACAACUACCACCACCACUCCUGCUACUACUGCUGCUACCACUCCUCCUCCAACCACCACCUCACUGCCCCCAAUCACUCCCACAGCCUGCUCCACCAUCACCACUGCUACCACUACCACAACUGUAACCACCACCACCACCUGCAUCCCUACUCCUACCCCAGCUUCCAUUCCUCCUGCUACUACUAUUGCCACAUCUCCAGCUGUCACAGUCACUGUUCCUGCUGCUCCCCCCUCUUCCACUGCAACUGUCCCACCUCCUCCUCCCCCCCUCCCUCCACCCCAGCUCACCUCCUCCCCCUGUCAUCAUCAGUCUCUCCCUCCUCUGUCCCACCACCCCCCAAAUCAAGGCAGCUGGUGCCUGCAGGAUCUCUGUGGCCCAUCUUGCCCCCCUCCCCUGCUUCCAUCCCUGUCACCACCACAACCACCACCACAGCCACCACCACCACUACCACCCCUUUGGCCCCAACCACCCAGGUCACCCCCACCUGGAGCAGCAUGGUGCAGGCCCCACUGGUAUCCACUGCCUUACCCCGCCUCUCCCCUGGUGGCCCUGUACCUCCACCUCCCCCAGCCCACUCUGGCUCUGCCAUCCAGCCUCAGGUGAUCACCCGAAUCUCCACCGCCCCAGCACCCCCACCCACCCAGGCCCCACCCUCCACCCCAGGCAAACCCCUUGCUGUUCCCCCUGGGGUGCCCAUCACUGGACCAGGUGUUAUGGGGCCAGGCCUGGGUCGGCCCGGGAUGGGUGCCUGCCGGGUGGUGCCUCAGUCUGUGCCUCCUGCAGUGCCCCCGCACCUCAGCCCUGACAGUGGUGGCUCCUGUGGCACCAGUGGGCCCCUCCCCACCCAUCAGUGCUGCACCCAGCCCCCUGCGUCCCACCUCCAGCCUGGAGGAGCGGGGUUCAGUGGUGCGUGCUCCUGUCAGCAGUGUGCCCCACAGUGUGGUGGCCCCACAGACCACAGCUCCCACACCUAUCUCACACGACAAGCCCCCUACCAGCCCCCAGCCACCUCUGCCACACUGUCUGUGGCCAGCACUGUGCCGGGUACUUACCCAGCCAGUGUGGCAGCUGCUUUGUCUCGGCCACCACUCAUCUCUACCUCAGGCAUGCUCCCCCAUCCCCCAACUGCCCCCAUCAAGCCUGAGCAGAUUAAAAGGGAGGCUGAGCCGCCCUUCAGGCCAGACAAGAUCAAGUAUGAGCCACCAGCCCCACCCGGCCCCCACCAUCCCAGUUCCUCCCUGCCACCCCCCCUUGAAGUGUUCAAGGGGGAGGUGCCCAAGGUGGAGCCCAAGGUGGAGGUGAAGCAGGAGCGCGGUGACCGUCCAGAGAUCAUCGCUGAGAUCAAGUCUGAGCCCAGGAAUGAGAUGUCCAAGCUAACCCCCAUCACCUGCUCUUCUGGCCUGCCCCCUGCCAGCCUGGGCUCCCUUCCUGUCAGCCUUUCCUAUGGCUACCCUCUGCCCCUGCAGUACUCCUAUCCCGGCCCAGGUCAUCCCCGCACCACAGCAUCGACCCUUCACCGACCACAGUCUCCAUCGCAACGCCCAAGCAGUACUGGCUCCUCUGCCCCGCCACCCUCUGUGUCCUCCAGCCGUGCCUCACCCCCUGCACCCAUCUCCACCACCAUCUCCUCCUCCACCAUCACCACCUCCUCCACCACUACCAAGCCCUCCACCAUCCCUGGUGCCUAUGCCCCACCUCACCUGGGCCCAGCCAUGUUUGGGGGCCGGCCAGGUGUUCCUACCCACCUCUCCUCCCCCAGCAAGCUGCCAACUAGUCAGCCACCGGCAGCCCCACCACCAGGGUUGAGACCUCCUGGCCCUGCAGUAGGCCUCCCUGGCAUGUCACCAGGGCUACCCCCAGGACUGCCCCCUGGCCUGUCAGCUACUUCUGCAGGACAGCCAGCCCUGCCCACUCCCCCAGCAGCCCACACAGGACCAGUGCCUGUCAAUCUUUCACGAUCCUCCACUCCUGCAGCCAGCCAGCCCCCAACCACUCAGGCCCUGCCUGCCACAGUGCCCCCCAGCCACCCAUCCUAUCCUGGAGGUCCUCCCUCCACCCUGGGCCCCACCGCCACCCAGCAUGACGAGGAACAUGAUGAUGGGGACGACGACCUUCCUCUCCACAGGGAGCCGUCACCAGAGCCUAAGAUUGAGGACUCUGAGUUCCACCGCUCGGAGAGUGCUAUUUUUCUGCGUCACUGGAAUCGCGGCGAGUUCAACUCUUGCACUCGAACUGACCUUACCUUCAAGCCGGUCCCCAACAGCCAGCUGGCCCGGAAGAGGGAAGAGAGGCUGAGGAAACAAGCAGAGAAGGAACGAGAGGAGAGGGGAGAAGAUACAGGUGGGUUAAGGAAGAGGAGAACAGGAAAUAGACAGAGGAAAGCUAGCAGCAGCACACCAGACAAGAGGGAGACACCAAAAUCUUCAAGCUCUGGGGAGGGAAGCUCUUUGUAUGACCGCAUGCAGCCCAGGAACCCCAUCGACACCCCAGCCCUCUCCAGACUAGGGGAGUAUGCCCGUUCCCCUGCUGGUGUGUCUCCGGGUGCAGCUCGUCCCCCUGGUCUGGGCCUUCCUUCUGGUCUUGGGGCAGCACCCCCACCUGGCCUGGAUCCCUUGCUGCACUAUGGCAGCAUGCUAUACCCCUCACCAGCCCCACAGGAGCGCCUGGAGUUAGAGGCACGGGAGCGGGAGCUUAGGGAACUGAGGGACCGGGAGCUGCUGACAGACCGCAUCAAGCAGGAGAUGCUGAAGCGGCCCCUCAACCCAGCCGACCCCGCCUACCCCCAUGGCCUGUCCCCACACUGGCUGAGUGGGGCGCGCUUCCCUGGCCUGGCUCCACCAGUGACCCUGCCCUCGGGUUUCCCACACAGCCACCCCCUCUACCCCCCCAGCCCUUCGGUGUCAUCGGCCAUGAUCGCCAACGAGCGGGACAGACUGGAGCGCCUCGGUGAGUACCCCAGCAGCCCCUCCCUCUGUAGUACUUCUUGUAGGACCUUCUGCAUCAUGGUGGAGCAUGGAGGCAGGACAAGCUGUGUGAGCCGCACGGUGUCGGAGGUGACCCGCCUCGGUGUGAAGCGGUGCCGUGCUGUGCUGCUGUGGUUGCCAGCCACCACCCUGGGCCUGACCGGGGCCGCUCCUCCCUCGGACAGCCCCCUGACCGUGUCCUCUGUGGAGCGGCUCGCCCUGGCUGACCACAUGCAUCGGCUGCAGAUGUUCAACGAAGUUCAUGCCCAUACUCACUCCCACGCCCACACCCACCUGCACCUUCACCCAGGAGCAGCAGCAGUAGCAGCAGCCGGGUAUCCUCCUCGACCACUGCUGCGGCCAGGUGACCACUCCCCCCACCAGCUGCCCCCAGGUUACCCUCCCCAGAGCCACCACGCCCUGCUGGGGAGGCCGUAUGAGGAGCUGGCACAUAUCACAGCAGCCCACGCACAUGAACUACAGCGGCAGAUGCUGUUAGAGAGAGAGCGCUUCCCACACCUUGCGCCGGGAGGACCCUUCAGGCCAGAGUAUGGGCAUGGGCGCUAGGAGACCCCAGCCACUUCCUGUUAGUGGACACCAACAUUGAACCAUUGAUCACAGAAACCUUGGCAGCUGGGGUCUCAAAGCAGAUCCAAGGAACAAUACUAGGAUUACCUUUGAUGCAUCUAAAGGACUAUGGACUGUGUGAAAGGUGUGGCCAUCCCUCACACCUCCUCCCAGUGACACUUAGGGGACAAAUUAUAAGGGUGUUCAGGCAUGGGUGAGGAAGGACAUCGAGGCAGCCGUGCCCUUCAAUCUGCCUUCUUAGGGCCCCCACUGAGCAGUACGGGUGCAGUUUACAUUAGGUUUGCUCUCCUUCCUUUCUGCUGUUGUAUAAUGCUGCUCUUAUUAUUUAUUUGUCUUCAGGGUUGUUUUGCAAUCAUUAAGGGAAGCGACUUAGAGGAUGAGGUUUGUUAGUAAGACAUGAGUACCUUAUAGGAGAGGUUGUAAUGUUGCACUUGUUAUGAUUUUGAUUAUCAUCGUCUUAUCAUCAUCUUACCAUGAUUACCUCUGUGCUACAGAAAGUAAAAGAUCUACUGCUGUCUGUACUUCCCUUGCUCAUAAGAUGAAAGACAAUGAGGUUUGCAGCCCUCUCACUUGUCUCAGAAAGAUUAUAAUUAUUGUUAUCAUUGUGAUUCUAUAUUAUUAUUAUUAUUAUUAUUAUUAUUAUUAUUAUUAUUAUUAUUAUUAUUAUUAUUAUUAUUAUUAUUAUUAUUGCUACUACUACUACUACUACUACUACUACUACUACUACUACUACUACUACUACUACUACUACUACUACUACUACUACUACUUUUGCUGCUACAUUAUUAUUUAUUCUGUGACAAAGACAUUAGAAAGAAUUUGGUGCAAUGUCUGAAGUUAUUUGCAACUGUUAGUUGAUUGGUUGGUGUGAGUCACAUGGCUUGCUUGUGUGUGUGUGUGUGUGUGUGUGUGUGUGUGUGUGUGUGUGUGCAUACCUAUGCAUGUGUUUUGACUCUUUAGGGAACUGAGUCCAGCUUGUGUCUCAUGUUUUAGUAUGGUUUUAUCACAUAUAUAUAUAUAUAUAUAUAUAUAUAUAUAUAUAUAUAUAUAUAUAUAUAUAUAUAUAUAUAUAUAUAUAUAUAUAUAUAUAUAUAUAUAUAUAUAUAUAUAUAUAUUUUAUUUUUUAUUUUAUUUUAUUUUUUCUUUAACUGAAGGAUUUGACACAACUUCUCGUAAUAUAUUCCACUGAUCUGUUUGAAAUGUCCAGAAAGCUGAAUUUACUCACUUUGUGUGUGUGUGUGUGUGUGUGUGUGUGUGUGUGUGUGUGUGUGUGUGUGUGUGUGUGCAUGGGUGGGUGGGUGUGUUUGUGAGAGAGAGAGUAGUAUUGUUGAGCACAUACAUAGUAUUUCCAUGAGAUAUUGAUAGGUUUGCAGGUGUUUGUCAUUUUCUGUGUAACAUCCUUGGCACGAAGCAAGCAUGUGUGUUGAUACCUUGUGUCAGGGAAACACAGGUGGCAGUUCAAGUUGUUCAUGAAUACACACACACACACACACACACACACACAACAGUAAAUAGAGAGCUAUAUUAGUCUACUCUAAUGUAACUUAUCAGUACCAUACUUUAUAAUCUUAAUUGGAAAACAUAUCACAGCACCAAGCCCAUAGGGAGGUAGUGGUGCUGAGGGCAACUGAACCAAUAUAAACCAAAAUAUUGUAGUUACUAGGCUAGUUAUUCCAUUUGUUAGGUCUUGUGAAACCCUCGGCCCUCCCCUGCGUGUGUGUGUGUGUGGAGGGCUGGCAGGCAAUGUUUUAAGGCCAGAGGCUGAAAGUGAUUUUGUAUUUCAACAAGUUGUUGUACUGUGGAGUGGCAGUGUAAAUAGAGCUGCUGGCAAUGAUGCACUUGUCUGCCAUUUGGUUUUCUUGCUCUUUAUUUUUUGUUUAACCUCUCACUUUCAUCAAAGGAAAUCCCAGUUCUUAUUUAUAAAAACAAAAAUAUUGAUUUCUGGUCUGUAACCAUUAGUUGUACCUAUGUAUAUACUGAGGUCCUCCACAACCAAAAUUGUUGACACCAAGCAUGAAUUCAUAGCAUCUGUGAUGCUUGCGUGCCGCUGGCUGGCAGGCACGGCAACGACACCUGGUUGAGCCGACCGAUGACCACGGCAGACCCUCAGGCAGUGAGUCACCCCCGCCGCCUGCUGCUGGGUGUGGCGGUGUCCUACAAACACUACCAUACAUCCUGUUCCUAUAGCACAUAAUCACUCAAGCCUGGACUCAGAAUUAGUACUAUUUGCACUUUUUUACUGACAGAAGCCUUGUGUAGUUGUUAAGGUCAAAGCAAUUGAUCACUUGUUGACUUAAUGUACAGCAAAGUUGUCAAGAGUUCAAAUGUGCAGUUCCCUUGGUUUUUGUUGUGUAGCAUUUUCUAUCACAAAUCACAAAUGUCAAAAAUAUAUACCUAUAAAUACUAUCUAUAUAUAUAUAUAUAUAUAUAAAUUACAGAAGUGCAAAUGAAAAAAAAAUUAAAGCAAACACUGCAUUCCUAUUUCCCUACAAGUGUUUCAAAAUUCUCUCCAUGGAUCAGUGACUCCUACACAUCAGCUCACACACCACUGCCUUGAGGCACUCACCACUCAGGCAUACACAAGCCUGUUGAGCUCAGGGACUGGCAUGCUUUGCCCUGGACAUCCUCAUCUGCAUUAACACUAUUUGGUCCUAUGAACUUGAGCACAAUCUAGCUCUUCCAUACUCCUCCCAGAAUAUUGGAUCAUUAUGUGUACAAGGUUCAUUAUUGGCUGUGGUACAUGUCAGUCAUGGUCAGAAAUCAAGCAGCGUGGUGUGCUCACUUUCCUUGUGUUUUCUGUUUUCCUCAAUGGUAAGUCUCCUGAUCUCAGUCUCCUUACAAAACCUGACAAAGUUUUUAGAAGAUAAGAGGGCAUGAUAUUGAGGGAAAAGUUUAAGCAUAUUAGAAGUAAGUGACUGAUUACUUGACUUCUAACCAUAACUGCAACCUUUAUUAUUUAUCAUGAUUAGGUGGUCCUCCAUUGGCUUAUAAAUACUAUUAAUAAGAACCAUAAGUCCCCAGCUGCUAACAUUUUUCUGUGCUGGACUUCUAUUGGCUGCCAGUCCUGGUCCCCUCAAAGCAGUGGAUGUCUUUUUGAUCCUCAAUUUCCUACUGUGAUAAACACAAUAAGACUGCCUGGUGCACAGUGCCAUGGCUGUACUGUGCUGCUGCUCCCCAUCCACCUCCCCUCUUCCUAUUCCUCCUCUUUUCUGCCUCCUCUUCCCCCUCCCUGGCUGCUCCCUCACCAGGAAGUCUGGAGGAGUCGUCACCGCCACCCUGCACACCUCACUGUCAGGCCUCGUGCUCCACCCUCUCAAGUAGUGUAGGACUUUUAUAUAUCGGUGUGAUGCCCUUUCUACACAUGCAUAUGUAUUUCAUUUACACAGUCAUAUCAUGAUGACCUCUUUGGUACUAUUUUUUAAAACUUGCUUUCACUAGAUGUAUAUAUGAAAAUAAAUUAGUAGUAAUUUUUA